CUCACAGUAUGCUUAGGCUUCAAAAGAGGCUUGCCUCCAGCAUCCUCCGCUGUGGCAAAAAGGAGGUCUGGUUGGACCCCAAUGAGACCAAUGAAAUCGCCAAUGCCAACUCCCCUCCGCAGAUUCGGAAGCUGAUCAAAGAUGGGCUGAUCAUCCGGAAACCUGUAACUGUCCAUUCUCCGGCUCGAAGCAGGAAAAACACCUUGGCCCGCAGGAAGGGCAGGCAUAUGGGCAUAGGUAAGCGAAAGGGCACUGCCAGUGCUCGAAUGCCUGAGAAAGUGACCUGGAUGAGGAGGAUGAGAAUUCUUCGCCGGCUACUCAGAAGAUACCGUGAAUCCAAAAAGAUCGACCGCCACAUGUACCACAGCCUGUACCUGAAAGUGAAGGGUAACGUGUUCAAAAACAAGCGGAUUCUCAUGGAACACAUCCACGAGCUAAAGGCAGACAAGGCUCGCAAGAAGCUUCUGGCUGACCAGGCUGAGGCCCGAAGGUCUAAGACCAAGGAAGCUCAUAAGCGCCGUGAAGAGCGGCUCCAGGCCAAGAAGAAGGAAAUCAUCAAGACUCUGUCCAAGGAGUAA